AUGUUGCGACUUCGCGCUCUGAGCGGUGAGCAGCUCUUGGUCGUGGAUCCGCGGGAGCAGGCUCCCUUGCAGAGUGUCUUGGAUACGUUGUAUUCUAUCAUGGCUACUCGUCUUCGAGUGGUAGAGACUCGCCUGAACUUUCAUUCCAUGGAUGAGACUCGGCCGCUCGACCUAUUGGAUUCUUGGCAGGAUUCGGAGCGUUUGCUGGCAGGCCACUAUUUGGAUGUUCUCAUGCUAAUGCGACCAUGUCGAGCCGGCGGCGAGGACGAGCUAGCCUGGGCCAUAGAGCGUGGCCACUGGUUCGAGGUGGAUCGGCUGCUUGCAAGCUGGGUGGAUCCGAACGUUGACUUGUCGCAUCGAGCUACGUUGGAGACGGAAGGAAGCACGGCUCUCUGCUGCGCCUGCAGCGUGGACAACGUGGAAGUGGCGACCUCGUUGAUCUCUGCUAGAGCAGAUGUCAAUCGCCGAGACUGGGACAUGGACUCUCCUUUGCUCAUUGCCGCGUCGAUGGGUUCGAGAUCGAUGGUGCGGCUUCUGCUGCGAAAUGCGGCGGACGCUUCUCAGGAGGAUGCCAAAGGUCGCGGUCCCAUCGAAAGGUGCUUCAUAGAUUCUUCGAUCGGUCCGGUAAUCUCUUUGCUGCGAGCCGGUGCUACAGUGCGACCUUACACGGAGAACUUUCAUCUGCUUCAUCAAGCCGCUGAAAGAGGCAGCCUGAACUGGGUGACGUGUUUGGUGCGG